AAAAGGAUUAGAGAUGUACCUGCUUCAGACUCUCGGGUUUGCUUGGCUGAUUUUUGGAUUCUCUACUGAUUGUGUUUCUGCCGCAGGAGCAAAUGCAGCCUCCGGAAACGACUGUGGAAAAGACUGCAAUGGGACAAAGUAUGACACCCAAGAAGCUGCUUGCUGUGGAAACAAACUUUACCCAGGGGCAAGUCUGUCUUGUUGUGGAAAGGAACCUUACAAUCCUGAAAAAGCAACCUGUUGCAAAGUACAAGACGGAAACACUCUCAGAGCCAAUGUUACUCAGGGUCUGAGUGAAAAGGUGUCCAACUGCUGUGGGCUGAAGCCCUACAACCCUGUCAGUGAAAUAUGUUGUCAGUCAACCAUCACUGCAAAACCUGGACCAAUGGCUGAAUGUUGCGGUAAAGAGGCUUUUGCCAAGGACAAGCAAUUGUGUUGCGGUGCAAGUGAUAAAAAGACAAUUCUGGUGGGAAAUUCCAGUUUCCACCAGUGCUGCGGUCACAACCAGUAUGACAACAGGACUCAGUGUUGCUGUGAGAAUAAGGAAGGUGUUCUAGAGGUACAACCGAAGAAUUCAUCUUGCUGUGACAAGAGCUCCACCGCAGGAGUGCAUAAUGUGGAAAAUCUGCAUUGUGGUCCGAAUGAUAAUAAGAAGAGUCUGGUGAGGAAUUCCAGUUUCCACGGGUGCUGCGGUCACAACCAGUAUGACAACAGGACUCAGUGUUGCUGUGAGAAUAAGGAAGGUGUUCUAGAGGUACAACCGAAGAAUUCAUCUUGCUGUGACAAGAGCUCCACUACAGGAGUGCAUAAUGUGGGAAAUCUGCAUUGUGGUCCGAAUGAUAAUAAGAAGAGUCUGGUGAGGAAUUCCAGUUUCCACCGGUGCUGCGGUCACAACCAGUAUGACAACAGGACUCAGUGUUGCUGUGAGAAUAAGGAAGGUGUUCUAGAGGUACAACCGAAGAAUUCAUCUUGCUGUGACAAGAGCUCCACUACAGGAGUGCAUAAUGUGGGAAAUCUGCAUUGUGGUCCGAAUGAUAAUAAGAAGAGUCUGGUGAGGAAUUCCAGUUUCCACCGGUGCUGCGGUCACAACCAGUAUGACAACAGGACUCAGUGUUGCUGUGAGAAUAAGGAAGGUGUUCUAGAGGUACAACCGAAGGAUUCAUCUUGCUGUGACAAGAGCUCCACUACAGGAGUGCAUAAUGUGGGAAAUCUGCAUUGUGGUCCGAAUGAUAAUAAGAAGAGUCUGGUGAGGAAUUCCAGUUUCCACCGGUGCUGCGGUCACAACCAGUAUGACAACAGGACUCAGUGUUGCUGUGAGAAUAAGGAAGGUGUUCUAGAGGUACAACCGAAGGAUUCAUCUUGCUGUGACAAGAGCUCCACCGCAGGAGUGCAUAAUGUGGGAAAUCUGCAUUGUGGUCCGAAUGAUAAUAAGAAGAGUCUGGUGAGGAAUUCCAGUUUCCACCGGUGCUGCGGUCACAACCAGUAUGACAACAGGACUCAGUGUUGCUGUGAGAAUAAGGAAGGUGUUCUAGAGGUACAACCGAAGAAUUCAUCUUGCUGUGCAAAGGAGUCAGCUAAACCUGAAGGUCAGAAAUGGUCAAAUGCAGUCUCAUGCAAAUCUUAG